AUGCCGGCAGCCGAAAACGGUUCGUUGAAUCCGGAUAAGGAUAUGGAUUUGGCGCCGAUCAUUAAUGGCAUGGAGACUUUACCAAAAACCAAACAGGUGGAUCCUGCAACUUCAUAUUUAAGAGCUGCAAGAUCAGGAAAUUUAGAAAAAGUUUUACAAUUACUUGAAAGUACCGGUGUUGACGUGAAUACAGCAAAUGCUAAUGGACUCAAUGCACUCCAUUUGGCUGCAAAAGAUGGUCAUGUAGAUAUAGUAAAAUGUUUAUUAAAAAGAGGAUGUUCUGUAAAUUCAGUAACCAAAAAAGGAAAUUCGGCACUUCAUAUUGCAUCAUUAGCUGGUCAAGAAGAAAUUGUCAAAGUGUUAGUGGAAAAUAAUGCGUCUAUAAAUAUACAAUCGCAUAGUGGUUUUACACCACUUUAUAUGGCUGCGCAAGAAAAUCAUUGUAGCAUUGUUGAAUUACUUUUGCGGAAUGGUGCUAAUCAACUUUUAGUAACUGAGGAUGGAUUUUCACCCUUAGCUGUAGCCAUGCAACAAGGCCAUGAUAAAGUUGUUGCUAUAUUAUUGGAAAAUGAUACUAAAGGCAAAGUAAGACUACCUGCUCUUCAUAUAGCUGCUAAGAAGGAUGAUACUAAAGCCACUAGCUUAUUACUACAGAAUGAUCAUAAUCCUGAUGUCACUUCUAAAAGUGGCUUUACUCCAUUACACAUAGCAGCACACUAUGGUAAUAACAAUGUUGCUUCUAUGUUGGUUCAAAGAGGGGCAGAUGUAAAUUUUACUGCUAAACAUAAUAUAACACCAUUACAUGUAGCUGCUAAAUGGGGAAAAUUAAAUAUGGUUGAUUUGUUAAUACAAUUGGGUGCUAAUAUUGAAGCUAAGACUAGAGAUGGACUUACCCAUUACACUUGUGCAGCAAGGUCUGGACAUGAUCACGUUAUUGAACGUUUAUUACAAACCAACACUCCUAGAACAUUAAAAACAAAGAAUGGAUUAGCCCCUUUGCAUAUGGCAGCUCAAGGAGAUCAUGUGGAUGCAGCUAAAGUACUUUUAACUUAUAAAGUCCCUGUAGAUGAUGUCACUGUUGAUUAUCUUACCAGUUUACAUGUAGCAGCUCAUUGUGGGCAUGUAAAAGUGGCAAAAACACUGUUAGAUCAUCAUGCUGAUCCCGAUGCUAGAGCAUUGAAUGGUUUUACACCUCUUCAUAUAGCUUGCAAAAAGAAUAGAAUUAAAGUGGUUGAACUUUUACUAAAACACGGAGCGUCUAUUGAAGCAACUACAGAAUCUGGCUUAACACCAUUACAUGUUGCCAGUUUCAUGGGUUGUAUGAACAUUGCCCUUGUUUUAGUCAGUCAUGGUGCUUACCCAGAUGCCAGUACAGUUCGUGGAGAAAGUCCUUUGCAUUUGGCUGCUAGAGCUAACCAAUCUGAUCUUGUGAGAGUCUUAGUGCGUUCUGGAGCGACAGUGGAUUCCAAAGCUAGGCAUGGCCAAACACCGCUUCAUGUUGCAUGUAGACUUGGUCAUACUCAGAUUGUUACAUUACUCCUUCAACACGGUGCUUCAGUAGACACUACAACUACCGAUUUGUACACACCUUUGCAUAUCGCAGCUAAAGAAGGACAUGAUGAAGUGGCAACUGCUUUAUUGGAAAGUGGAAGUUCUUUAGUGUCGACUACUAAAAAAGGGUUUACACCUCUUCAUUUAGCGUCAAAAUAUGGGAAUAUUGCUGUGGCUAGUAUGCUUUUGGAAAAAGGGGCACCAGUUAAUUCUCAAGGCAGAAAUGGCGUUACACCGUUACAUGUGGCUAGUCACUAUAACCACCAGGAUACGGUAUUCUUACUUCUUGAUAAUGGAGCAUCACCACACAUGGCAGCUAAAAAUGGUUACACACCGUUGCAUAUAGCUGCUAAGAAGAAUCAGUUGGAUGUUGCCUCUACACUGUUGAUGAACGAGUCAGAUGCGAAUGUUGAGUCUAAAGCUGGGUUUAGUCCUUUACACCUGAGUGCACAGGAAGGUCAUGAGCAAAUGUCUAAACUGUUAUUGGAACACAAGUCGGAAAUCAACCUGCAGUCAAAGAAUGGUUUGACGCCUUUACAUCUUUGUGCUCAAGAAGAUAAAGUAAAUGUUGCAAGUGUAUUAGUUGACAAUAAUGCAAAUAUUAAUGCAACAACUAAGACUGGAUUUACACCUUUACAUGUAGCAAGUCAUUACGGUCAACUCAAUAUGGUGAGAUUCCUCUUAGAUAAAGGUGCCGCUGUAGAUGUUCAAACAUCGUCUGGCUAUACAGCUCUCCAUCAGGCUGCUCAACAAGGCCAUACAGUUGUUAUUACACUAUUGCUUCAGAGCAAAGCAUCUCCAAAUCUUCAAAAUAUGCAAGGACAAACACCAUUAAACAUAGCUCAUAAAUUAGGAUACAUUAGUGUUGUAGAAACAUUAAAAGUAGUUUCUGAAACAACAAUAACCACUACAACCACUAGCACUAUUGAAGAAAAAUAUAAGGUUAUAGCUCCUGAGUCAAUGCAAGAAACAUUUAUGUCCGAUUCGGAAGAUGAAGGAGGUGGUGAUGAUGUCUUGUCGGUGAUCAUGAACGAUUACGGCAAGCCGGCACAUGCGCAACAUAUUUAUCUUCCCUACUAUCAAGGUCAAAACGUACUACAUGAAGAUCCAAUGAUGAAUGACCAACACCAAUAUCGUUAUAUGACAGUGGAUGAUAUGAAAUCAUUAGGAGAUGAUUCAUUGAAAAUUGAUGUUACAAGGGACGAAAAGACAGACAUUGUUAAUGAUUCAGCCAUUGCCAACGAGUAUGUAAGUAAUACACAUUAUGUUUCACCCCAGUAUUCACCCAACCCGUCAGGAGGUAGCUUACUAUCUGACAACAUUGACAUCUGUCGUUCGCCUGUAAAUAUUGGUUUCCUGGUUAGUUUUUUGGUGGAUGCUCGUGGAGGAGCAAUGCGAGGAUGCAGACAAUCAGGUGUAAGAGUGAUUAUUCCACCACGAAAGGCACCAAGUCCUAUGCGAGUCACAUGUCGAUAUUUGCGGAGAGGCAAAAUGGUUAAUCCACCCCCUUUGAUGGAAGGAGAAGCUUUAGCCAGUAGAAUACUCGAACUUGGCCCAGCUGGAGCCAAAUUUUUGGGACCAGUCAUCAUUGAAGUACCUCAUUUUGCUUCACUGCGAGGACGAGAAAGAGAGCUAGUUGUAUUACGGUCAGAAAAUGGAACGACAUGGAAAGAGCAUAGUUUGGAAGCUAACGAAGAAGCUGUACAAGAGGUACUUAAUGAUAGCUUUGAAGGAGAAGAACUGAGGCAGAUUGAAGACCUCAGAACUAGUCGCAUUGAACGAAUCCUGACAUUAGAUUUUCCUCAAUACUUUGCUAUUGUUUCAAGAUUACGUCAAGAAAUACAUACUGUUGGUCCAGAAGGUGGAGUUAUGUCUUCUACUGUUGUACCACAGGUGCAAGCAUUAUUUCCAUCCAAUGCAUUAACAAAACGCAUAAAAGUUGGCUUGCAGGCUCAACCUAUUCCUGUUGAAUUGGUAGCAAAAUUGUUUGGCAACCGUGUCGCAGUGUCUCCUGUCGUUACCAUCGAACCUCGCAGAAGAAAGUUUCAUAAAGCUAUUACUCUGACUAUUCCUCUGCCACAAGCCACUACUAAAGGAAUGAUAAACCAGUAUUCAGGCGAUGCUCCUACAUUGAGAUUGCUUUGCAGUAUGUCAGGCGGUCAGUCUAAAGCCCAGUGGGAUGAUGUUACUGGAGGGACACCAUUAACUUUUGUCAAGGAUUGUGUAACUUUUACAACAACUUUAUCUGCAAGGUUUUGGUUGAUAGACUGCAGAAAUGUUAGUCAAGUCAAAAACAUUGCUACACAACUCUUUAUUGAAGCCAACUAUGUUCCAUUCAUGGCAAAGUUUGUAGUAUUUGCUAAAAGAACAGAUGUUAUGGAGGCACGUCUUAGAGUAUUUUGUAUGACAGAUGAUAAAGAAGAAAAAACAUUAGAAAACCAAGAGCACUUUGUUGAAGUAGCUAAAAGCAGAGAUGUUGAAGUGCUGCAAAACAAAAAUAUAUUUGUGGAGUUUGCUGGCAAUCUAGUACCUAUAUUUAAAACUGGUGAACAACUAGAAUUAAAUUUCACUGCUUUCCGUGAAAAUCGUUUACCAUUUACUGUUCGCAUUCGUGACCUGGAAGAUACUAAUGUCGCACGGAUUCUGUUCAUGCGUGAGCCCAAAGUAAAUCGAGGUGAUCCUGCUCAAUCACCUUUAUGUGUAUUGAACGUGACCAUUCCCGAAGAUAUUGUUAAUGUAACAACCAAAUCUGAAUUGGAUUUAUUAAGCCUUGAUCGAAGUUACAAUUUUUAUGAUAAUGGUUUUGAACAAAUUGAUACUAUACGUAGAGCAGAUAUCCGUUUAUCAGAUAUUUCAAACAUGCUGGGUGAUAAUUGGCCGUCUUUAGCAUCUGAAUUAGGGAUUCUUCAAUCAGACAUCAGUAUUAUCCAAUCAGAAUAUCCAGAUAACACCCAACGACAGGCUAUGGUCAUGCUUAGGUUGUGGUUACAAACGUUUGGACAGCAAGCAACUGGUAAUUCACUAGAAAAGGCAUUGCGAACAAUCAAUCGUGAAGAUAUAGUGAAUCUGUGCAUACACAAUAUUGAGAUAGUAACUGAUGACAUGGAAAAAGCGGUAGCAAAAGUACAAUUAGAUCAGUCUGGAUUUGAUUCUCUAAAAGAGGAAUUAGGGCCAUCUAGAGAUGGGUCUCUUGGUCGAAAAACUUCUCUUUCUAACCAUAAAAAAGUCAAACAAGUAGAAACAAAUAAUAUUAAUCAACCCAUAAAUGUUGAUGAGGAGUUGAUAAAUGCUCUAAACAAACAAAUGGUAGUUGAUACGGUUGUGAUUAAACCCAAAAUUCUAGAUGAUAAAUAUGCUGCGGAAGUUAAAGAGUAUGAUUCGAAGACAUCCAAUGGAGUAUCGUUUAAAGUAACCACACCCCCACCAAGCCCAACUGAGCAAUCUGAUAAAACUGAUAAAAGCAAAGCUGCUUCAAAUAGUUAUGACAGUGAUGUUUCUGAAUUAGGGGACAAAAACGUUCUGUAA